UUAAAGGGGUAGUCGUAAUUACCCAAACAAGAGGGGUUUUUUAGUAAUUUGACCUUACUUUAAGGGGGUGUCCGUAAUAUACCCAAUUUUGGUUAUUUCAGAAAAAGUAAGCAGCAAAAUUGCAAGAGGCAAUGGAAGAACAGCAGCCCCUUCGUUCGGCGAAGAAAAUGGCGAAAGCCCUAACUGAAUGCCAAAGUAUUAGUGUUAGAAUCGACGAUUUAGGAGAAGAUCUUAUUCAAAACAUUCUCAAUCGGCUGCCGGCGAAAUCAUUCGCAUCGGCGGCGUGUGUUAGCCGCUCAUGGAACUCUAUCUGUAAUCGCGUUUUGUCUUCUCCUAAACUCUCCUCCGCCGUCUCUUUUAACCCUUUACUUGAGAAUGCUGUGAACGAGGUUGUGGACAAGGUUUUAUUGGAACCAAUACGCCCUCAUUUUGCUUUGGUCUCAGUUGGUCCCUUCUUUCUCUUGGAAGAAACUCUGCAACUGAUUGAAGGAAAAUUGGGUUCUGGGAUUCCUAUAAUUAUCAAUGUGUCCGAGGGAAUCAUUGGCAGGGAUGUACAUACAGAUCAGUUUGUAGAGGUACAAUGGGAAGUAACUGUGGAAGAUGAUACUGCUGUAUUACCAGAUCAGCAUGUGCAGCGCGGCAUUAUAUUGACAGUUGGAUUUUUGCCAGGGCUUAAGGCCCAUGUAAUUCCUUUAUUCCAACACAAGGGACCUCAAGGCCUUCUUGUUGACAAAUUUGUUACGGAUAUCAGAGAAGCGGCGUCAACUGUUUCAGAUUCUGCAUCUCCUGCCGGAAUUAUACUAUUUGCUGGCCGGAAAACAAACAUCAAACCUGUUCUUCAAACAAUUGAGUAUGCCUUUCCCGAAGAUACUUUCAUUGUGGGUGAUGCAGAUAGUCAAUUCUUAUAUGGAAGGAAUAUCGGAGAAAAUAUUACAAUGUCGCCUGGUUCCACUUGUGCUGCAGUUGCCUUAGUAUUGACAAGGGAUAUGAACAAGCCUUUAGGUAUUGGGGAAACUAAAUUUCAUGUCAUGUUAUCAACUGGCGUAUCACCAAUUGGUCCUACAUACAAGGCAAAUUCUGUUAAACAUAAUAAAAGUUCGACAUGGCUAACUGCAUCGAGAGAAACAGCACGUCAGCAUCUCGAUGGUGAAUCUAUUUUAGAGGAAAUUUACGAUCAGCUUGGAGAUCGUAUUCUAUAUCCCGCUUUCUAUGUUGGAGUAACGAAAAGAAGAAAAUGCUCCGUUGGGACUGAAAAAGUAAGACGGAUGCAAUUUCACGAAUUCCAUGAAGUUCUGGGAGGAGAUGAAGAAUACCUAUUUGUCAACUAUCCCGGUAUUAAAACUGGAGACCCCUUCCGUUUCUACAUCUCCGACUCAAAAGCUGCUCUAUCCUCCAGCAAUGAAGUUUCUGAUAAGCUCAGGCAUCUGAAGUUAGAUUGUGAGAGGAGAAACAAUCACGCAAGCGGUGGUUUUGGUUAUUCAGACAAGGUAAAAGUCUUCGGUGGCAUCAUAUUUUCUUGCUGUGGCAGAGGUGACCCCUUUUUUGGACAACCUCGUAUAGAUAGCUCCACGUUCCUAAACAACUUUCCUGGGGUUACUUUUGGGGGAGCUUAUUGUGCUGGAGAAAUUGCUCGUGGGAAUUUGGGCUUGUACGAACCAGACGAUGAAGAACACAGCUUUAUCCAUUGCAAUCAACAUGUUUUUGGUGCUGUUUACCUAGUUAUGUCGUACUUUCCUCCACCACGAGAACGGUAGACUUUAUCAGGUGGUCGUAAGAUGGUUUUAGUGCAGAUGAAAAAGUUGGCAAUUUUUUUUUUUUUUAAGGUUUUUGACGUUUAAUCUGUUGCAACUGUAACGAAGCUUAUACAUUAGCAAUGUCCUGUAAAUUAGUAGAGUAGAUAGAGAACAUGGGUUUGUUAAUGUCUUCUUGUGAUUUAUACAUAUUUCUUAGGAUGUCUACUUACGGAUUAGACCUUUCCGGAAAUUGGAAAAAUUAUCGAAACUCUUUUCGAGGUUUCAUUCGGGUCUAAUACUUGGAUAGCCUUUGAUAAACCCCUUCGAAAAUGGAUUAUCAGUUUUUCUUUGGCUC